AUGCCAGCCUUGAGGUCUCGCAGUAGACGCUUUGCGGUGCAGACACCCGAUUCUACUGCGAAAAAACGCAUUAUUUCACUAGCAGGCUCCUCACCUCUAGCCACAAAAGACACACUAUGUCACGCACCAGAGGAAAUAACACCGAUUAUACAUGUCCUUACAAAAUCUUUCGGUGUAUCGUCACCUUCCGCCGCCAAUCUUACGCCGCCGGAGAUAUUGUUGCAGAUUUACUCAAUGCUCACACCGCGUGAGUUUGACAGUGCCCGACGAACAUGUUCACAGUGGAUGAAAGUCAGUUUGAACCCGGAAUUAUUGGAAAGCAUGUUGAAACGGGCGGGAUGGUGGGACGCAUGGCGGCAAGACUGUGCAAUACCACGAAUUAUACGCCAUCCAUCUAGUUACGAGAGUGAUGUAUGGAGGAUGAGCAAACGCUUUGCAACGGAGUGUUUAUUAUCGGGUCGCAAGAGAAAUAUCGAGAAACCGGCCUUCGUGAAAACAGGAAUCGUGGGUUUCUCAGGUCUCGCAAAAACAAUGAAGCGGACAAGAUAUCAUGCAGCUACAGAUUCCAGAAAUCGACUUCACAACUCUGACGGAAGCUCUACAUUCAGUGUCAGCAACUGCAGUAAUUAUUUACUGGUUACGACCGGCUGCAUGAUAUAUGUGUUCCGUAUACUUGACAAUAAUGCCAAGCCCACGGUUUCGUCCGGUCUAGAAGAAUCCAAUCUGGUGCCGAUAACCAGUAUCUCUUGCCCAUUCGAAGUGAUAUCGGCUACCUUGGACACGAGCAACCCUCGAUUUGUUGUUGCUGCAUUGCUGAGUAACCGCGUGGGUAUGGUCUGUGACAUAGAGGCCCCAAAUCUUACCCAAGAUGGCGUCGGAGAAUACACUGCUGGCUCGGUGGACGACGCAUCAGAUUGUCCGUCAUCUAAACCAUCCAAGGACAACAUAUACUUUAUGCCAAAAACCACACAUUCGUCUACACACUAUUUCUACAACGUCUGCUCAGAAGAUCAUCCGCCCCGAACGGUUGCGCUCUCCCCAGGUCGCCGAUGCAUCGCUUUUGGAUGUGCCGGUGGCAUUGAGAUCCACUGGGUCGAUGAAUCAACACAAACUGAUCAACGAAGACAUUUUCCCAUGUCCCAACCCUCCGAAACUCUCCACUUCCUUCCAAACUCCCUCGAAAACACAUCCGAAAUGCGCCUAAUCUCCUCCUUGGCCGGUCCAGGAAUCCGCGAAUAUGCAUGUCGCCAAUCCCCAUACCCAAAUCAUCUCAAUAAAUGCCAUUUCAAUUUUUGCGGUGACUCGAAGACCAUUAACCGUAAACCCCUUCUCAAAAGAUCACUCAGCCUCACCCGCGCAACACACUGCCAUCACUAUCGCGCUAUUCCCAUAAAUGAUGGCUAUCAUAUCGCUUCCAUCGAACCUCGCACUGGUUUCCUCUGCAUUGGGUCUGAUACCCCGAUUGGCGGCCCAACAAGUUAUGCUCGCGCCUUUAUCUGCGUUCCUCCGUUCAAUAAAGACCUAUCAUUAGAGAGAACUGCAGCCCACACUCCAACUGCCUUCGCUGUCGCCUCCGAUCUACGCUGGGGCCUCCGUGUCGUGGCAGCCUAUGAGGAUCGAGUGGUUCUGUACUCCGUUCCACUCGACAUUUUCAAUAUUGUCUGCAAAGAGCGUGAAACUCAAGGCGACGGUGUAAUGGGGUCCAGUAACCUCGCUCAAGACUGGUUCGUCGACUCGGAGCACUUCCGCAAACGUCGCGAAAGUCUGAUCCAGAAUCAGAAUGGAGACUGGGAAUUUCUUCUUAGCGGUCGAUCCAGACCGGCUGGCAUGAUAUCGCCAUUCAAGAUACAUGGGAAGGAAGUCGGACGCGUGGAAAAUGUCGUCGAGCUAGCACUGCAGUCUUCAAAUGGGGGUGCAAGAGUAUGGGCUUUUAGCGCAUCCGGGGAUGCGAGUAUAUUUGAUAUUGAUACAUUUACGUCACCAACCCAAAGCGCAAACGACAUCCCCUGCUCUGUCGUGCGUGUUAGUUCAGAUGGCAGUGUCGAUUAUACUUCAACGGUCCAUAGGACGGAACUAGGAUUCAUAGCUUCUUCAUUAUCUCGGAAACGUAAAGCACAUGCUUUUCGAGAUGAUUUUGCUGGGCGGUAUGGGACAAGUCAGUAUACUUUUGGCUCAAAGUCGGAUGCUCUUCAGUCUGUCAAUGCCCCUGGGAUUCAGCAUGAGGAUUCCCCGAUGCGGCAGCCUUCCUUUGCAGCGUGUAUUGUUGAUUUCAAGAUUCCUGAUUUGGGAAUCAGAGAUGACAAGUGGAAGCAGGGUCGUCGGGCGUUGAAGGAUGACUCUUGA